GACAGCAGGACCGGAGGUGUGGCCCAGGCCUGAGGGACAGGCUUUCGGACCACCCCUUUAAGGGGAGGGGGUGGUUCUGAAGGAAGGCAGCCCCAGCCAAUGGAGGUGCCCAGGACGCCUUGGCCCGCCUCCCCGGAUAGCCAAUGAGUGUGCGGGAGACGAAGUUUUCGCCCGCAGAGCUCGGUUGCUGCUUCUCCCACCUCCUCCUCACCAGCGCUAAAGCCGGGACUGAGCUGAGGAGAGUUGUGGGUGUCGGCAGAGGAAAGGGGAGGUUCGUUUUGCGGAGCCGCAGCCGGAACCCGAACCAGGAAUCUCCUUCAGACCAACCUGGUGAAACCUUGGCAGAAAUCAGAACGAAAAUAUCUCCGUUGUGGGUUUUCUUUGGCAUGGAUAAAUCCUUGGUGGGAGGAUUAAAAUUGACUGAACAGACUCUUGCUUUAUUAGGGAAUACAGCCAUGGCAUCUAGUCUCCUGGACACAGGAAAUGUAUUUGGUGACCCAGCUAAUCCUUUAAUUAGUAGAUGCUCAUCAGUGGAAGAUAAUGAUGAUGAUGUUGUAUUUAUUGAAUCUAUACAACCUCCUUCAGUUUCUGCUUCAGUAGUAGCUGACAAAAGAACAUCAUCAAAAAAUGAAAAGCCACAAGGAAAUUAUUCUCUAAUUCUUCCCUCCUCAAGAGAUUUGGCCUCUCAAAAGGGAAAUACAUGUGAGACAAUUGUUAUUGAUGAUGAAGAGGACAUACUAGAAACACCUGGAGGGGAAGAGAAAAGGUCUUCCAAUUUUAUUGAAUGGGGACUUCUUGGCACUAAAAACAAAGAUUUGAAUUUCUCCACUUCCAGACUUUCAAGAAGUAAGACCAAGACUGGAGUAGGACCUUUUAAUCCUGGUAGAAUGAAUGUGGCAGGAGAUGUAUCUCAGAGUGGAGGAUUUGCAACUCAUCAUAAUCCUGACCCGGCUGCUCUCUGCUAUGGCUUGGGAAAGCAGUAGAAGAUAGCCCAAGUCCUUGGGCCCCUGCACCCACAUGGGAGACCCGGAAGAAGCUCCGGGCUCCUGGCUUCUAAUCGGCGCAGCUCCGGUUUUUGCGGCCUAUUGGGGAAUGAACCAGCCAAUGGAAGACCUCUGUCUCUCUGCCUAUCCUCUCCUUGUGUAACUCUGAAUUUUAAGUAAAUAAAUAAGUCUUAAAAAAAAGAAAAGAAAGAAACCCAGUGUAUUAAAAAGAAAUAUAGAAAGAAAGAAUGGGGAGAGAGAAGGAAACCCAAUACAGACUCUUGGUUGGUGAACGCAUGGCUGCUACUUUUGUUGGUAUUGGAAUAACAUCCAUAAACGAAGGUUAUACUUCAUUUUUUUGCAAGUGUCAUGAUAGUGACCUUCAUUGACUAGUACAGUUUGGUUCCACUGACAACAGUUUUGCUCUUACAGCAUUAGUGAAAAUGGGUAUAAUAGGAAAAGGGCAAAUAAAUCUUGAUAUUAUUAUGGGAAUAGUUUGGCUUUGUACAUUCUCUUUUCUAAAAGUAGUAAGAGUAUAAAAUCUUAUUCUCCAUCUCAAGGGAGCACUGAGCCUAUAUGCAUAUGACAGAUAUUAUCUUUUUGUGCUUGUGAUUGACUUAAUUGUUGUUUAAGGUUUCUGUUCUUUCCAAAUGUAAAUAAAAUUUCUUGUGGACAUCUCUGUAUGUUUGACAGUUAUCUUGAAAAGAUCCUAAUAAUUUUUGCAAUCAAAACUGCUGUUUUGAAAACAUUAGAUGGUUAAUGCAAAAAAAUUUUUACCAUUAAAAAGUUAGUUUCUUUACAUUUUAAGGGAUCUUUUUUCAUAUUGUAAGCUCCACUGAGGGCUAAGAGCAUUUAAGGUUUGCUAAGAAUGUUAUCUUAAUUUCUGGGUAUCGUUGACUUUUCAAAAAUACAUCUGGAGUUUUUAAAUUACUUUUUUCAAAUUCAUGUCUGUCAUCCAUUUAUUACUCUGAAUACUGUUUAUUUAUUGAGGGUUCAUCCUGAGAAAUAACAUAAAAAAACUUGUGAUCUCUAUAUUGCAAAAUGUAUCCAACUUAAAAGCAAUGAAGGUGUUGAAUACUUUGAAAUAAUGUCCAUUGAAAAGCAUCUUUGGUGUAGUUAAAAUGAUGCCUAUAUCCCAGCUUGGAGUGCUUGGGUUCCAUACCCAACUCCAGCACCUGAGUCUAGAUCCCUGCUAGUGUAGACCCAAGGAGGCAAAGGAUGGUGAUUUAUGUAGUGGUGUCCCUGCCACCCAUAUGGGAGACAUGGAUUAAGUUUCUGCUUCUGCCACAAUCCUGUCUCAUUUUUAGUCAUUGUGAGCAUCUGAGGAAUGAUCCAGUAGAAAGGAGCACUCAGUCUCUGUUUCUCUCUGCGUCGCAAAUGAAGAUUAAAAAGUUUGUUUCUUUUACUGUUUUGUAAUUAUUUCCUGAGUUUUAGAUACUUGUUGUUUAAGUUUUUCAUAUUUGCUUAUGUAAGUUGUUUACAUAAGCAUGAAUUUUUUGAGUUCUUUAUUUUUGAAACUAUUUUAUAUUCCACCAAGAACUUACACAUUUCAUUGUGAUACAAUUGUACCUAUUUAUGGGAUACAGUGUGAUUUAAAGACAUAUAGCAUGUAACUAAUCAAGCAAUGUAACCUUUAUUAAAUGGUAUUAAAACUAGAAGCUUUGCCAUAUAUUUCUUUUACACUUCAGUUUUCUUUUCUUUUCUUUUUUAUUUUUUACAGGCAGAGUGGACAGAGAGAGAGAGAGAGAGAAAGGUCUUCCUUUGCCGUUGGUUCACCCUCCAAUGGCCGCCAUGGCCGGCGUGGUGCGGCCAGCACACUGCGCUGAUCCGAUGGCAGGAGCCAGGUACUUCUCCUGGUCUCCCAUGGGGUGCAGGGCCCAAGUAUUUGGGCCAUCCUCUACUGCACUCCCUGGCCACAGCAGAGAGCUGGCCUGGAAGAGGGGCAACUGGGACAGAAUCCGGCGCCCUGACCGGGACUAGAACCCGGUGUGCCGGCGCCGCAAGGCGGAGGAUUAGCCUAUUGAGCCACAGCGCCGGCCCACUUCAGUUUUCAAAACCAUUUUUCACCUUCCAGAAUGAAUUGAUGUGCAUUUAGUGGUUGAUAAGGAUAAACAGAUUUUAAAUUAUUAUAGUGGCUGGUGCUGUGGCAUAGCAGGUAAAGCCGCCACCUGCAGUGCCGGAAUCCCAUUUGGGCACCAGUUACAAUCCUGGCUGCUCCACUUCUGAUCCAGCUCUCUGCUACGGCCUGGGAAAGCAGUGGAAGAUGGCCCAAGCACUUGGACUCCUAUACCCACUUGAGUGACCCGGAGAGGCUCCUGGCUUCGGAUCAGCUCAGCUCCACCAGUUGUAGCCAUCUGGGGAGUAAACCAGCAGAUGGAAGACUCUCUCUCUCUCUCUCUCUCUCUCUCUCUACCCCCUGCCCCGCCCCUGCCCCUGCCUCUGCCUUUCUGUAACUCUGCCUUUCAAAUAAAUAAAUAAAUCUUAAAAAAUUAUUAGAGAGCUCAUAUCUACUAAUUUGCUCCACAAAUACCUGCAAUAGCCAGGACUGGACAAGAUCUGAGACCAGAAGCCAGGAACUCAUUCCAGGUCUCCCAAUGGUUGCAGGAUUCUGAUUCCUUGAGCCAUCACAGCUGCCUCCCAGGGUCUUCAUUAGCAGGAAGCUGGAGCUGAGUAUCAAGCCCAUGUACUCUGAUAAGGGACCUGGGUGUCUUAACUGCCAGGCUAAACACCUACCCCCUAAAUAGAUGCUUUUCCACAUGAAAAUGUAGUGUAGAUAGAUAAACUAUAAAAACAAUAUUCGGUCGUUAGGUACUGUUCUGUCAGACGCAUAGAGAGAUCUUCAUGCACUGGGUCACUCCCCAAAUGGUAUAAUGGCCAGGCCUAGGCCAGGCCAAAGACAGGAGCUUCUUCUGGGUCUCCUAUGUGAUUAGAGGGGUCCAAGCACCUGUAUCAUCUUCUGCUGCUUUCCCAGGCAUUUUACCAGGGAUUGAAAGCAGAGCAUCCAAGAUUCAAGGUGGCACCCGUAUAGGAUGCUGGCACUACAUACAGAGAUUUAACCUGUGCCACAGCACUGGCCCUGGAUUGAUUUAUUCUUUUUUUUUUUUUUAAAGAUUAAUUUUUCGAAAGAGUUACACAGAGAGAGGAGAUGCAGAGAGAGAGAGAGAGGUCUUCCAUCUGAUGGUUCACUCCCCAUUUGGCCGCAACAGCCAGAGCUGUGCCGAUCAGGAGCCAGGAGCCUCUUCUGGGUCUCCCAUGCAGGUGCAGGGGUCCAAGGACUUGGGCCAUUUUCUACUGCUUUCCCAGGCCAUAGCAGAGAGCUGGAUGAGAAGUGGGGCAGCUGAGUCUCGAACCGGCGCCCAUGUGGGAUGCCAGUGCUUCAGUCCAGGGUGUUAACCUGUUGUACCACAGCACUGGCCCCUUGAUUUAUUCUUGUCAUCCUUUUUUCUCAUUAAUUCAAAGCUGGUUUAUUUUUUGUCAUGAUAUGAAAUAGUGAUUUUAAAAUGUAACAGAUCAAAAGCACUAAAUGAUGCAGAACAUCUUAAUUAUGUUUAUGAUAUGUAGCAAUUAAUUUCUAUAAUGUGUGAAAUAUGAGUGAAUUUACAGCAUUCUCUAAAGGUCUGUUUUGGUGGACAAACGAUGUAACUAAAGGGUUCUAAAGAGAACAAAACUUUCAUGUGAAGGGUGAUCACAAAGAUAUAUUUGAGGUUUCUUUUUUUAAGAUUAAGUAACAUGUUGAAAGAAUAGUCUUUUUUUUUUUUCCUUUUUUAAGUCUGUGUGUAUGUAAGAUUUUAUUUGAGAGGCAGAAGUACAGAAAGACGGAGAGACAGAACGUCUUCCUUCCACCUGUUCACUCCCCAGAUGGCCACAAUGGCCGGAGCCAGGCCAAUCAGGAGUCAGAAGCUUCCUCUUUGUCUCCCAUGUGGGUACAGGGGCCCAGGCACUCGGGCCAUCUCCACUGCUUUCCCAGGCCAUCAGCAGAGAGCUGGAUUGGAAGAGGAGCAGCGAGGACUGGAACUGGCACCCAUGGGGGAUGCAGCACCAUAGGCAGAGGCUCAGCCCACUAUGCUACAUUGCCAGCUCCUAUUUUUAUUUUUUUUCUCUUUAACUUGAAAAUAUCAUAGUAAAAAGUAGUCUUAUUAUAACCCUAGAUUGUUUUUGUGUGCUGUUAACAUGUAAAACAUGUAAAAUUAAUCAAUUCUUACUAGGAAACUUCUAGAAUAUGGUGGCAGCUAUUUUGUUGUUGUUAUAAUUAAAGUCUUAGCUUCCCCAGAGUAGCUUACAUUAGUUGCUGUGUGCUUCCCAUUUAUAUAAAAUGUCUUCAGGAAGUUUAUGAAAAAUGCAUAUUAUGAGAAAACUAUACAUGAAUUUCAAUGUUUUGCACCAAUGAACUUGUACUAAUAUGUCACAACAGGAUCCAGUUUGAAACACUAAAAAAAAUAAGAGGUUUGAGAAAAACCCUUAUCAAAGCAAUAUGAAUUCUGCUAAAAUUGAAGCAA